UGGGCUCCGCGUCCGCCAUGUUGGGGGCGCUGCGGCGGCGCUGGGACGCCUACAAGUACCGCUUCGUGCCUUGGGUGGCCCUGAAUCUCCGCCGCAAGCGCAGAACCCUCCGGUAUGUUCCUGAAAGCUCCCAAGACAAAAUUAUCUCUGAUGAAGAUGUCUUCGAAACACUACUGAAAGUGUUUAAAGCUCUGUUCAUAAAUGACUUCAAUAGACAGGCACAUAUUUUGGCCUUACUUCCAGAAAUCAAGUGUAAAUACCUCGAAUUACUGACUGUUGAGCAGAAACAAUCGGAAGUAAAUUCAUGUAACCAUCAGACUCAACAUGUGUUUAGUCCAGAGGAAGUUCUCUUUAAUACACUUGGGUUUGCUAUUAGUCGAGACCGAAGUUCUCUGGAGUCUGCUGGAACUGGAGUCUUUGUUACCAAAGGUUUUGUACCAAAAGGGACGGUUGUGUCUAUGUACCCUGGUACUGUCUACAGAAAGCAUGAGCCCAUCUUUUUCCAGUCCCUUGGCAAUCCCUUUAUUUUUAGGUGCAUAGAUGGUGUCCUUAUUGAUGGGAAUGAUAAAGGACUGUCAAGAUCAGUGUACAGGUCUUGCAGCAGGAGAGAUCAACUUGGACCAUUUCAGAUGAGCGAUGAGAGCUGGCUCACAGCUGCCCUGCAGAACCCACUGGCAAUAGGACAGUAUGUCAACAACUGCUCACAUGGUAGGUCACCAGAAAAAGCAGCCAACGUGUGUUAUCAGGAGUUUGAUGUGCCAGAAUGUUUUCCAGUAGAACUGAAACAGUAUCUGCCAAACAUCAUCUACAGCCAUGACAUAGAGAGCUACCUGAGGUGCGUAGUGCUUGUCGCUCUCAGAGACAUCAAGCAAGGAGAAGAACUUUUUUCUAAUUACUACACGGUUGUGAACUGAAUUAAUAUAUUCAAGACUGGAGAGAUACGUGUCAUUAAAAUACUUUGUGUGUGUAUACAUCAAGCUUCCUGAGCAUUUUUUGUGAGACCUCAUCUGAAGUACUGUGUCCAGUUCUGGAAUCCUCAACAUAAGGAUAUGGAGCUGUUGGAACGGGUCCAGAGGAGGGCUGCAAAGAUAAUCGGAGGGAUGGAGCACCUUCCCUACGAGGACAGGCUGAGAGCUGGGUUGUUCAGCCUGGAGAGGAGAAGGCUCAGAGGAGAUCUUAUAGUGACCUUCCAGUACCUGAAGGGGCUACAGGAAAGCUGGAGAGGGGCUAUUCGUAAAGGCUUGUGAGGAUAGGGCCAGGGGAGAAUGGGAAUAAACUGGAGAGGGGCAGAUUUAGCCUAGACAUAAAAAAGAAUUUCUUCACCAUGAGAGUGGUGAGACAGUGACACAGGCUGCCCAGGGAAGCUGUGGCUGCCCCAUCCCUGGAGGUGUUCAAGGCCAGGUUGGAUGGGGCCUUGGGCAGCCUAAUCCAGUGGGAUGUCCCUGCCCACGGCAGGGGGGUUGGAACUAAAUGAUCUUUAAGGUCCCUUCCAACCCUAACUAUUCUGUGAUUCUAUGAUUUUUAUAUAAAGGAGGGCUGUAGCUUUACCACUUGGAACACAAGCUGCAGGUUCCUAUUUCCCUGAAAACAGUCCAUCUUUGAUGCAGAGGUAGAGGUUUAACUGUUACAUCAUUAGGUUCUCAACUGUCUGCUGUGGUUGAUAUUAUUGCUUGUUGGUGUUCAGCUGUCCACACAACAGCUCAUAAAGUAAAAAUCUCAGUUCUGGACAUGUCAUUUAGUCUUCAAAUUGGCACAGUUGUAAGUAACUGUGUCUCAGUUUUUUUAUUUUUUCAUUUCACUUCUCAUGCUUAGAAUGGACACGAUUUGUGUAAAUAACUUCUGUCUUGUGAACUGUUCCUUGUAUAAUCCUCAUAGUUCACAGUGAUUACUUGUUUUCAUUCUGGUUUUCUUGGAGAUGGUGCCUUUGGUAUCUGCUUCCUUUUCGAGAGAAUUUCACUGUUGCCAGCUGUCCAUAUCUUUUAUGAAGCCUUUUGGUGCUGUUCCCCACUUCAGAUCUGCCUGCAUGGUCCACUGUCAUUGAGAGGCCAACUUCAGCCCUUGCUUUAGCUGUGCCUGUCUUGGGGUAGGAGGAAUGGUGAUAUGUGUCUUGGAGUCCUGUUCAAUCCUAGUUUCAGUGGUUCAGGGUAAAUUUCCUGGUAUGUGUCAACUUUCAUAGCUUUUAUUCCCAAAGAGAGAGAACUGCAUUUUGCAGUGUAGUUGGGGGAAAUGGUGCCAACCGAGUGUGCUGUGUGGUUUUUUUUAAUGAGUUACUGGCAUAAACAGAGCCAGCCAGUCCCACAUUAAUUCUCGCUGCUGUCUGCAAACUGCCUUCAGAAGGUAAACAAGAGACAGCUUGUCAGUCUUUGGGUCUGUCUAAGCAGCUUGGGAAAGAAAAAUCAUCACAGUGUUUACUGCAAAAAGUCCAAGCAAGCAUCCCAAUGAAUUUGUAGUUGGCGUAAGCUCAUGAGAACGGAGGAGCUGGGAAACGGUGUGCUGUAAUAAAUUUGGCAGUGUCUGGGGCAGCCAGGCUGCUCUGCUUAGCUGCAGAAGCAUCUGGUCUCCUUCUCAGAAUGCAGGACUUCUCAGUGUCUGUGUUACUUGGCCUCCUUCCAGGCCUGAACCUUGUCGUUCACUUUCAUCUGGAAGUCCUCCUCAGCUACAGACAGCUGCUUUUUCGGGAAGGUGUAAGUAGCAGAGCUGUGAGAUAGUGGGAUGUGGCUCAGUGUGGGCUGCACAAGUCUUACGAAGGUGCUAGGGACACCUUCUGGUGGCAGUCUUUGUGUCUUCGACGAUCAGAGCAGCUGGUGAUCUCCAGUCUGCUGAAGAUGAUGCUCACCCUACAUCACUCCGAGGAUCUCUUCUCUCCUGAGCUGGGUCUUCUCCCCAUCUCUCUCUGGGAGGAGGUUUUUGGUCAUCUCUUGAUCCCCGAGAGGAAGUUCGUUGUCAGGGCUUAGCUCAGCAAAUCAGAGUUUGUGGUCGGUGGGAAAUACUGGUCUUGGCAUGCCCAGAGAAGGCAGGUGCUGCUCAUGUUUUCCAGACUGAGAUGGUGUCAUGUGAGGGCAUAGAAUAACUCAGCUGCAUUGUUUAUACAUUUCUGAAUACUUUUUAAGUAGCUGCAUUUGAAAGUAUACGUCUGCAACUUCAGUUUGCAGCUCAUUUUAUUGAGAAUGGUUUGCUUUCCUACACUUGCUGCCUCCUGGAUGUGGAUGUUGCAAUGGAGGACUGCAGCCUGUCCCUCGCGGGCUGUGUGGGGCUGGCUUCUCCUUGCUGGAAUACUGGAAGCUCCUAGCGUGCUCCAGAGACUGCUUGUAUGCAAGGGAAGCGCAGCCUGGCCUAGAGCUGGCAGCAGCGAUUGAUUUCUGUCUGCCGGUGGCUCUAGAAAGCCAAAAAAUAGCAGGAAGAGAAGGAGGUGCAGUCAGGUGGUGCUUCUAAGCAAGAAGCAGCACAGCAUGCGGACUGAGCAGGAGAAAGGAAAAGGGAAGAGCAGAAAUAUUGGUCCAGUGAAGUGCUACAGCCUAUGAAAGGGCUUCAGGUACAUCAGACUCUUCCUUCUCAUCUUCAGAUUCAUUAAAGGUGAAAGUAAUUCUAGUUCCCUGUGUGCCCGUUCAUUACCAUCAAACCAACACCUCCAGGGCCAGAGAAGAGAACUGUUCAGAUGUUAUUUCAGAUGUAAUGUCCAAUCUGGUAGUAAACCAGUAAAAUUCUCAAUGAAAUCUGUUUAUUGUUAAGUAAUUAAUUAUUCAUUACAGUAAGUACAGUUUCUCUCUUGAAACAAUUAUUUUCCUGGGUAAUUUUAAUUGGAAUUUUAUCGGAACAGGGACUUACUUGGCUAGCACUGCCUCUCUAUGCCUGAACACUUAGUGGUAAAAGAAGGAAAGGAAAAUCAAACUAAAUUUUAAGCACUGAUUCCAGCUACUGGUAGGCCAAAUCUGUGGAGUCUUCCCUGAUGCAGACUGUGCUUCCUGGGAAGCACCUGGGCAUCGCCAGCUGAUGGGAGAUAGAGGAUAAAUAUUUUGUUUUCCUUUGCUUCCACAUGCAGCCUUUGCUUUU